AUGCCCACCAGGCGGAAGCAGCGGCAGCUCGAGGCGCAGCUGACUGAGCUGGGCAUGGAGGCGCUGGACGAGAGGCUGCAGUCCGCAACACAGGCUCCUGUUCAGCCCCCGUAUCGGCUGUCGCGCCUGAUCAGCCAAAUCACCAGCACAGAGGGCCGUGCGGCGGUGGUGGUCGAGAUAUCGCGGCCAUCGCCAUCGGCGACGGCGGCGCAGCUAGAGGCCAUCGCCAAGAGGGCCGUCGCGGCGGGUGCCGACGCCCUGGUGGUGCGUGUUGACAGCGAGGACACCCCCGAGGGCUCCAAGGACCUCUUCAUCGUGAGGCAGGCCGUCAAGGUGCCCGUGCUGGCCCGCGACUGGUACAUCCACCCGCUGCAGAUAGUGGAGGCCAAGGAGGCCGGGGCCGCGGGGCUGAUCGGCGUCAUCGCGCAGGUCUGCGGGGGGGACGGGGUGGGGCAAGAGGGAUACUGGAGUGGGGUGCAGAGCGCAAUUUGCUAG